GCAGGUGGUUGGCUGCAGGGUCAAUACCUCUGGGAGAAGAAGCUGGGGCUGCCCCACUGGAGGUGCUUCUGGGAGAGCAAAUUUAAGCAAGGGCAAAAUACUGCCUGGCACUGAGGGCUGAGAGGAAAAAAGAGAGAAACAGCCCUGUAAACACAAAGAUCAGAGAAGAUGGAGGGUGAGGUGCCAGGAGCAGGUAUCCACACAGCAGGUAUCCACAGGGACAGCCCCAUGCCAGAGCAGGCGAAUAGGGGGAGGAGCAGGAAGCAGGAGCUCCAAGAUGGCUACUACCAUGAUCUUGUCUUGGAUGGUAAUGAUGAGUCUUCAUAUUCAGGUGGAUACAGCAUCAAUACCUCCAACGACAGAUGCACCUGUUCCAACAACAAUCAAGCUCACUGAAAUCAUAGCCGAUGAGCUGGAGCUGCGGCUGACCGACGGGCCAAACCGCUGUGCAGGCAACGUGGAAAUCGACUAUUUUGGAAUGAAUGUGAAAGUGUGUGGUUUCCUGUGGGACAUGGACGAUGCUCAGGUUGUGUGCAGGCAGCUUGACUGCGGCUUGCCUGUCAGCGUGAUGGACUAUUUCCCCUCGAGCGAUUCGUAUCCGUGGUACCAUUGGACUGCGGUGGAUUGCAAGGGCUCUGAAACCUCUCUGCUGUUUUGCCCUUAUGAGCACUCACCCUCCGACUGCCAUCACGGGGCUGCUUCUGUCAUCUGCUCAGAUUCAGGACUCCAAGUGCAAAAUGAAAUAAGUACACCUGUACCAACAAGAAUCCAUCCCACUGAAACCAUAGCCAAUGUGCUGGAGCUGCGGCUGACCGACGGGCCAAACCGCUGUGCAGGCAACGUGGAAAUCGACUAUUUUGGAAUGAAUGUGAAAGUGUGUGGUUUGUUGUGGGACAUGGACGAUGCUCAGGUUGUGUGCAGGCAGCUUGACUGCGGCUCGCCUGUCAGCGUGAUGGACUAUUUCCCCUUGAGUGAAUCAUAUCCGUGGUAUCAGAGGACCGAGGUGGAUUGCAAGGGCUCUGAAACCUCUCUGCUAUUUUGCCCUUUUAAUUACGUGUCCUCCGACUGCCAUCACGGGGCUGCUUCUGUCAUCUGCUCAGUCUCGUGACUAACAGGGCCUCCAAUGAAAGUGCCAGAUAGCCCCAGCUCGACUCCCACUUUGCCUCAACUUCAGAACUGGACUCUUUUGGCAUCCUGGAGAACGUGAAUUCAGUUCCUGCUCCAAUCGAUAUCUCUCAUACUACAUUUAUUACUGCUGUCAUGGCCCUGACAGCUGCUGUUUUCACUCUUGUUGGGUUUCUUUUGAAACGUAUAGCGAAGAAAUCAAUUCCGUAUCAGAUCACAUGAGAUUUGGUAAACACCUGCAGCUGAUAACAUUGGUUGAGUAAUUUGAUGGAUUGAGUAAUGUCCUUGCAUUGAGAAAUCUCCUCGACAAUUCAAGAUUAAAGGUCUUCUGUGGUGAUAGAUAACCUCAUGAGAAGAGAUGGGCUUGACAUAACUCAGCACUGAUUGAAGCCAGAAGACCAGCGAAAGUUUGCAGAUCAGUAACAACCUUCAAAUUAGUCAGUUACCACCUACAAUAUUAGGCUGUCAAAUCUUAACACUCCAUUUGAAUCAGCUUCCUCCUCUCAAGAUGGAGAUCUGGCCUCUGCCAGUGAAAAAUAUAGCCUGGGUUGUGGGGAACCCACAUGGCCAGUUCUUGCUCCACAUCAAACAAGAGUUUGUUUCCAGUUUCCUCAGAUGUAAAUUAAGAUCAAUAGUCCUUCUUUUCCACAGGGGAGUUGUGAGUCCAUCACACAAUGUGUGCUGCAUGAUAACCAGAAAUGGGACUUGUCUAAGUACCUCUGAAAGGUAACAUUGCAACUCCACAAUAAAUCGCAAUGUGAUGCAAUGUGUGUAUUUCAAUUUACCCUUCAGGCAAGGCUAGGACUAUUUCAACUUCCCUGUAAUGUUUUCUGUUACCACUACAGUCAGUGCUAGUAAGCAAAAUAUUUGA